ACUCAGGAAGGAGACGCAUUCUGUCUCAUAGAGAUGAACGUACUUUGGUGCAAAAACUGCAAAUCAAUCCCAGAACAACAGCAAAGGACCCUGUGAAGAUGCUGGAGGAAACAUGUACAAAUGUGUCUAUAUCCACAGUAAUACGAGUCCUAUAUCGACAUAACCUGAAAGGCCGCUCGGCAAGGAAGAAGCCACUGCUCCAAAACCACCAUAAAAAAAGCCGGACUACGGUUUGCAACUGCACUUAGGGACAAAGAUCGAACUAUUUUGAGAAAUUUUCUCUGAUCUGAUGAAACAAAUAUAGUACUGUUUGGCCAUAAUGACCAUCGUUUUGUUUGGUGGAAAAGGGGGAGGCUUGCAAGCUGAAGAACACCAUCCCAACCUUGAAGCACAGGAGUGGUAGCAUCAUGUUGUGAGGGUGCUUUGCUGCAGGAGGGGCUCAUGCACUUCACAAAAUAGAUGGCUUCAUGAGGUGGGAAAAUUACGUGGAUAUAUUGAAGCAACAUCUCAAGACAUCAGUCAGGUAGUUAAAGCUUGGUCGCAAAUGGUUCUUCCAAAUGGACAAUGACCCCAAGCAUGCUUCCAAAGUUGUGGCAAAAUGUCUUAAUUAACCUUUCUGGACGCAGGCGUUCUGCUAGCGACCCACCUCGACAACAUCCAGUGAAAUUGCAGAGCGCCAAAUUCAAAAUACAGAAAUAGUCAUAAUUAACAUUCAUAAAAAAUACAAUUUUUAUACAUCGGUUUGAAGAUUAAUUUCUUGUUAAUCCAGCCACUUUGUCAGAUUUCAAAAAGGCUUUACGGUGAAAACAGUCCAUGCAAUUAUCUGAAGACAGCGCCUCGCUUACAAAAGCGUACAAACAUUUACAUCCAAGUAAAGGAAUUAGAAUAGUUAGAAAUAGCGAUAAAAUGAAUCACUGACCUUUGAAGAUCUUCAUAUGGUUGCAGUCACAAGAGUCCAGCUACACAAUAAAUGUUCCUUUUGUUCGAUAGUCCCUCUUUAUAUCCCAAAAGCUCUGUUUUGUUGGCGCGUUUUGUUCAGUAAUCCACUGGCUCAAAGGCGGUCAAAACAUGCAGACGAAUACAUCCUAAUAGCACCAGUAAAGUUUGUCGAAACAUGUCAAAUGAUGUUUAUAAUUAAUCAUCAGGUUGUCAAUUGCCUAAAUAAUCAAUAACAUUUCAACCGGACAAUACCGUAUUCAAUAGAAAAGGAAAACAACGAAGCACUCGGUCAUGCGCACCGCAUGAUUCUACAGUCCACUGAGAAAAAGGUCUCAUACAUUCAGAAAACAAGUCUGAAACAAUGUCUAAAGACUGUUGACAUCUAGUGGAAGCCAUAGGAAAUGCAAUCUGGGUCCUAACCCAUUCAAUACUCUAUAAGCAUUCAAUUGAAAAUACCCACAUCAAAAAAAUCCCACUUCCUGGAUGGAUUUUCCUCAGGUUUUCGCCAGCCAUGUCAGUUCUGUUAUACUAACAGACAUCAUUUUAACAGUUUCGGAAACUUUAGAGUGUUUUCUAUCCAAAUCUUAUAUGCGUAUCCCAGCUUCUGGGCCUGAGUAACAGGCAGUUUACUUUGGGCAUGCUUCUCAUCCAGAUGUCGAAAUACUGCCCCUAAACCAUAAGAAGUUAAGGACAAGAAAGUCAAGAUAUUGGAGUGGCCAUCACAAAGUCCUGACCUCAAUCCUAUAGAACAUUUGUGGGCAGAACUGAAAAAGCAUGUGCGAGCAAGGCGGCCAACAAACCUAACUCAAUUACACAGGAGCAAUGGGCCAAAAUUCAUGUUGUGGAAGGCUACCCGAAACAUUUGACCCAAGAUACACAUUUUAAAGGCAAUGCUUACAAAUAAUAAUUGAAUAUGUAAGCUUCUAACCCACUAGGUAUGUGUUGAAAGAAAUAAAAGCUGAAAAAAAAUAUUCUCUAUUAUUCUGACAUUUCGCAUUCUUAAAAUAAAGUGGUGAUCCUCACUGACCUAAGAUAGGAAUUUUUACUAGGAUUGAAUGUCUUGAAUUGUGAAAACUGAGUUUAAAUAUAUUUGGCUAAGGUGUAUGUAAACUUCCGACUUCAACUGUGACAUAUUUUGAUUUGAACACUUUCUUGGUUACUACAUGAUUCCAUAUGUGUUAUUUCAUAGUUUCAAGUCUUCACUAUUAUUCUCAAUGUUGAAAAUAGUAACAAUAAAGAAAAACCCUUGAAUGAGUAGGUGUCCAAACUUUUGAUUGGUACUGGACAUGCACUAAUCAUUAUUGUUUGGGUUGUUUUAAUGUAAAGCAUGGCCAUUUUAAAACACAGCUUGAAUGGAUACAAAAAAAAUAUUGAAUAUCUAUCACUGUCAUGUGUUAAAACUGCCUUGGGAAAUGCACAAAGCAAGUGUAGCGUUAUAUACCAGAUCACCACAUGAGAUCUUUAGAAUCCAUCAUAAUUUGUGGCAGAUUCCCUCUUUUGAUGAUGUCGUAGUUUGCAAUUUGAUAUUUAUGGUAGCAUUCAACAUGCUAUAUGGAUGUGUAAAAUGUCAAUUUGUUGAAGGAAUCAUGAGUAUUAAUCAUCCUUAUCCCUCCCUCAGGGCAGACGAUUGCAUCUUUGCCAACCGGAAGCUUGAUGCGGCGUCCACAGAGGCUAAGUUUCUGCAGGACCUGGGUUUCCGCAUGCUCAACUGUGGCCGGACAGACCUCGUGAAACAGGCGGCCAACCUACUGGGGCCUGAUGGUAUCAACAGCAUGAGCGAGCAGGGGAUGACACCACUCAUGUAUGCCUGUGUGCGGGGAGACGAGGCCAUGGUUAAGAUGCUGCUGGACACUGGGGCCGACAUCAACAGUGAGUUGCUCCUGGAUAGUCGAGACAGCAUGGAGGGGGCCCUGCCAGAUGGAGCAGAUAACUACACUGAGACCCCACUUCAACUGGCCUCUGCUGCAGGGAACUUUGAGCUGGUCAGUCUAUUGUUGGAGAGAGGGGCAGAUCCCAUGACUGGGACCAUGAACAGAAAUGGCAUCUCAUCUGCCCAACUGGGGGACAUGAACUCAUAUAGCCUGGCAGCAUCACAUGGGCACAGAAAUGUGUUCCGGAAGCUUCUGUCUCAUGAAGAGAAAGAAAAGGACGUCCUCUCCCUGGAGGAGAUCCUGGCCAAGAGCUCGGUGCCCGGGGAGAAGAAACCUCCCCAGGACGUCGGGACCCUCCAACGAACAGGAAAGGCCAAACUGAGGGCCCUGAGAGAGGCCAUGUACCAUAGCACUGAGCACGGCCAUGUGGACAUCACCAUAGACAUCCGCAGUUUAGGUGUCCCCUGGACCAUGCACACUUGGCUGGAGUCUCUGCGCACCUGUUUCCUGCAGCACCGGCGCCCACUGAUCCAGGGUCUGCUCAAGGACUUCAGCUGCAUCCAGGAGGAAGAGUACACUGCGGAGCUCAUCACCCAUGGCCUGCCACUUAUGUUCCAGAUCCUCCAUGCCAGCAAGAAUGAGGUGAUCAGCCAGCUGUCUGUGAUUUUCUCCCAGUGCUAUGGGCCCUUCCCUAUCCCCAAACUCACUGAGAUCAGGAGGAAGCAGACCUCGAGACUUGACCCCCACUUCCUCAACAACAAGGAGAUGUCUGAUGUAACGUUUCUGGUGGAAGAAAAACCCUUCUAUGCACAUAAAGUCCUGUUAUUUACUGCUUCAGCCAGGUUUAAAUCCCUGCUCCAAAACAGACCAGCAGCAGAGAACACCUACAUUGAGAUCAGUCAUGUCAAGUACAACAUAUUCCAGUUGGUCAUGCAGUACCUGUAUUGUGGAGGCACUGAGUCCUUGCACAUCAUGAAUACUGAGAUUAUGGAGCUCCUGUCUGCAGCAAAAUUCUUUCAACUAGAGGCCCUUCAACGACACUGUGAGAUUAUCUGCUCCAAGAACAUUGCCGUGGAAACCUGUGUGGACAUCUACAAACACGCUAAGUUCCUCUGUGCCAAUGAGCUGGCGGUCUUCAUCGAAGGCUACUUCCUGAAGAACAUGGUGCUGCUGAUUGAGGUGGAGGCUUUCAAACAACUACUGUACGAGAUGCCUGUUACUGUGAGCCCCGGACCCUGCCUGAGCCCCAUCUCCGAUGUCCUCCAUGACCUGGAGAAAACUCUAGCCACCCGCAUCCAGUCAAUUCACCUCUCCUCCUCCAAGGGCUCCAUUGUGUGACCUCUCUGGGUUAUUUAAACACACUUACAAUCACCCAGUAAUGUUACUGCAACAUCCACUACCCCAGUUCAUUCACCUGUCCCCUGAUGUUAACAUUUUCAUAACAUCCCUUUACUGCUAUUUCAAACCCUGUCCAUCUACCUGUCCACGCUAGAGAGUGCUGUUGGUUUAUGUGACAGGUCUGGGUGCUUACGCUUUCACAACAUUGCUGCAGAGUUACACUGCAGCGUCCAGCCAUCUGACAGCUCCAUUGUCUUCUCUUUGUUACAGGUUUGAACAUUGUUGUAAUACUUCUCUAACGUCACUACACCAUCCAAUACAUACAGGAAAUAUUUAAAAAAUGUAUGACUUGUUACAGGCAUAUAAUAUGCCCAUGAUAAUAAAAUGUACAAUUGUAUUUCAUAUGAGAUGCAUACGUAGAAUAGGUCCCUUUUGCUGAAAGAGUGGAAUAACUUGUAGAAUAAAAACUCUACUUUGAAAAAUGAACUCAUUCAGUGGUUAGUAUCUGGUAUAAGAGUUUACUUGGCUUUGUAAUAUUUUUGUUUGUAUAAUUGGGAUGCAAAUCUGUUUGGUGCCAGAGCAGGUGACUAAAGUAAAGGAAAAAAUGUCAAACUUUAACUUUAACUAAACCAACCACAAAAAGUUCACUGUAAAAAAAAUCUGGUUGUUUUUAAGGUAACUUAGUGGCAGCCAGUUACUGUAAAAAAAAAGACACAGUAUGUUACUGUAAAUUCCAAAUAAACUUUGGUUUAAUAGUAUAUUACUUUACAUUUCAAUAAUGUACUGUUAAAUCAUUUUUCUUUUUUACAUUAACGGUGUAUUCUUGGAAGUGCAUUGUAGCAAUGAUUUCAGAGUGAUUUGAGAAUGUAAACACAUAUGCCAACUCAUUAUCUUCAUGUGUGGGACAGCAUCUCACUCAGUCAUCGAUAAAGUAUGCGCUGAUGGAACAUUUACACAACUGACCAAUACUUCAGUGCUCCUUGAACUGUACUCCCAACAAUCAUUAUCAAUUUAUGUUUGAAACAUGGAUGUUCAACUUAGACCAAACUUAUGAUAUAUUUAUAAACAAUGUCAAUAAUUUGCAUGACACCUCUCAACUGUACUACCCUACUGUUGCGUUUCAGCAGAGCCAACCUCAUAGACUACUUUGGAGGGAAGUGAAGAGUUUUCUAGCUAUGACUAGCUAUGACAUACUGGCACUCUCGAGAAGGAAGGGUCUUCAUGCUGUAAUUGUGGGAAACAAGGUAAAUAUGUAAUGAAAGUCAAUUCUGUUGGUCGUUCUUUCUACAAACUAAUGUACAGUAUAUUUAAUUCACCUACAGUUGCUUGGAUAACAGCAUUGCUCUUGUUGGAUGUGUUACCUGCCCAAACAUUGUUCUUAAAUGUUCAAUUCUGGUAAUGCAACACUGCAUGUUAAAUGUACAGUAUGAAUCUUUAGAUUUUUCUGUUUAAGACUUUUUUUCGAAAUGUGUGUGUCAUGCAGAUUGGUAUAAGUGAGUAAAAGGUAUUAGUCUCUGAUAUAUGUAGGAUUUCAAGCAUGGGAUGUUUUCCUUCUACACUGUGCAACUACUGAUGCAUUCCAAAUAAUCAAGGUUAAAAGGUGACACGGUAGUUCUUAGGUGAUCCCCAAAAUAGUUGAUUGCCAUGAUAAGACAUUGUCAAAUCACGUGUAGAUAUUGAGAUAUACUGUAUGUAUAAUAUGCAUAAGGUAUUAUGGUGCAUGAAGUGGUAACACUUUUUUGGGGUAGUCCAUCUGUAGAUGCAAACUAUCUGUUGAUAAGCAACUCCUUGCUAAGGUUACGGUUAGGGUGAGGUUUAGAGUUAGGGUUAGUAGAUAGUAAUUUGAAACGUUGCUGAUAGUCUGUAGAUAGUCAGUCUGUAGAGCAUCUACAGAUGAUCAAAAUAAAGUGUUACCCAUUAAGCAACAUCCAUCUAUUAGAUAUCUAUUUUCAAUAUAAUUCCAGGGACAUAGAUUAAUAAAAUAGUUGCCGUGCAAGCAAUGACAUAUAACACCAUUUCAGAUUGCUUUAAAGCCAUAUGUUUCAGCUUAUUCUAAAUCAACAUGACCAGAGAGAAUAGAGGGAGGAAACCACUAAACUGGCUUUGGGUCAAACAGGGCACAGUAUGUCAGCCAUUAAAAUAAGAUUUCUCCUUUUACCUAUUAAAAAAGAACUGGGUGAUAUUUAAUUUAGGUUAUUGUUAACUCAUACCAUUUUAGCUGGAGCCUAAGGGUUGAAUAGUGAUUAAGUAUUAAUAUUUGAGGACAUUUAAAAUGUGUAAAUAGUUUAAAAAAUGAAUUAUAAUAUUAUUAUUUUUCUACCCCAUACACAGCACUGUUUUAUUUCAUGAUUUUCCACUGUUACUUUGUUUAACAAAGUGAAAAAUAUUAUAAAAAGAUCUAAGGUCUUCAGAUUUAGCUAAUAUUUUAUAUAGGGCAGUAUUACGUCCCUGCAAAAAUAGGGCUAUUAUUUAAAAAGGUCUUCUGUGACAAAUGUUGGCAUUUUUAGUGCACAAGCAAACCCCAUCUACAGGGUCGUAAACCUGAGUAGCUUUGAUGUAUCUCAUACUAAACAACUCAAAGUAACACUCUGGGAAGGGUAUGUGACUUUUAUGCUAUGUUUAUAACAUCUGACAUUCUGUUUCAAAGGAUUUCCACAUUCCCUAACACACCUGUACGUUCCAACUGACACAAUGUUUUAUGUAAAAUUGCCAUUGCAUUUUCAAAACAAAGCUUUUUUCAACCAUUUUAUUUCAAAACAAUUACAGUAAGGUACUUAAUUGUUACCCAGAAAUGAUUUGAUAUUGACAUAAAAAUGGCUGUAUUGGAUCUUUAAUCAAUUUGCCGUGCACUGUGUGUGCAAUUGUUAUGACUAGAUGGGCUCCUCACAUGCUCAUACUCAAAGACUUGGGGUUGGAUUCAAUCCGUAUCGCGGAAUAUGUAGAUUAUAGCUUGAUUUAAUUUAAAGGCAGUGUAAAUUUUAACGCAGAUCUCCCGCGAUACGGAUUAAAUUCAGACCUUGGUAUGUGAGAAAAAGCUAUUCGGAUUGAAUAGAGCCCCAAGUAUUUGAGUCAAGGAUGAGCAUGUGAGGAGCCCAUCUAGUCAUAACAAUUACACACACAGUGUGUAUGUGUGUGUGCAAUACAUACAGUUGAAGUCGGAAGUUUACAUACACUUAGGUUGGAGUCAUUAAACUUGUUUUUCAACCACUCCACACAUUUUUUGUUAACAAACUAUAAUUUUGGCAAGUCGGUUAUCUACUUUGUGCAUGACACAAGUAAUUUUUCCAACAAAUAUUGUUUGCAGACCGAUUAUUUCACUUCACUAUUAUUCUACAAUUUAGAAAAUAGUACAAAUAAAGAAAAACCCUGGAAUGAGUAAAUGUGUGCAAACCUUUGACUGUUACUGUAUGUGACUCGUUUCUUGAAACUUGGCAUAUGUUGCACAUCAUUAGUUUACAGGAGAGGCAUUUGAAGGUAAACAUUUUUUAAUCAAAAUAUUUUUAAUUAACAUUCCAUCUGUAAAUGCGAUUAACAUUUUUAAAUUACGAGCCUAGUUGGUUUAACCACAGAAAAAGUCUUUCUGACACUGAACAUUAGUCUAGGUGCGACAAAACUAGGGCCUGAAGGACUUGCCUUGUUGAUAGUGUUGUUAAUAAGGCAGAGCUUUUUAAUGGACAGACUUAUCCCCAGCUUAGCUACUGUUGUAUCAAUAUGUUUCGACCAUGACAGUUUACAAUCCAGGGUUACUCCAAGCAGUUUAGUCACUUCAAUUUUCUCAAUUUCCACAGUAUUCAUUACUAUAUGUAGUUUAGGUUUAGGGUUUAGUGAAUGAUUUGUCCCAAAUACAAUGCUUUUAGUUUUGGAAACAUUUAGAACUAACUUAUUCCUUGCUACUCAUUCCAAAACUAACUGCAGCUCUUUGUUAUCUGUUGCAGCCAUUUCAGUUGAUGUAGUAAAUGACGUGUAUAGUGUUGAGUGAUCUGCAUAUCAGAGUUGUGGACUCGCAUCACAUGACUUGGACUCGAGUCAGACUCGAGUCACAAAUAUGAUGACUUGCAACUCAACUUUGACUUUAACACUAAUGACCCUUGACUUGAACUUGAGCAAUAUGACUUGACCUGAAUUGAUACCCUCCCCAAGCCCAACUAUUAAAAAUUAUGCUAUUAAAAAAAGUGUGCAGUUCAUCAACUCUUCAUUUAACUUCUUGGUGACAGGGGGGCAGUAUUGAGUAGCUUGGAUGAAUAAGGUGCCCAGAGUGCCUGCUACUCUGUCCCAUAUGCUAAUAUAUGCAUAUUAUUAGUAGUAUUGUAUAGAAAACACUCUGAAGUUUCUAAAACUGUUUGAAUGAUGGCUGUGAGUAUAACAGAACUCAUAUGGCAGGUGAAAACCUGAGACAAAUCCAACCAGGAAGUGGGAAAUCUGAGGUUUGUAGUUUCUUUUAAAGCAUACUGUUAGCUAGCUAGUUAACAUUAGCUGUCUAGCUCUCUAGCUAAUGUUACGUGUAUCAUAUCGUCAAUCAGAUUUUUUAACAUAAUCCCUAGCUGUGUACUGUCACUUUCCAUGUUGUCUGUUGUCUGUAGCUUGUGAGGUGUGGAAACACUUUGUUGCUUUUAUGUAUUUUGUCUUGUUGCUUUUUGUUCUAUGUUGCUCUGUCUGUAUGCUACGUCUUGCUUGUCCUAUGUUGCUCUGUGUGUGCUCACUGCUCAAUGAUUGUCUGUGUUGUAAUUGUUUUUAAUAACCUGCACAGGGACUGCGGUUGAAAAUGAGCCGUAUGGCUAAAACCUCCACUUUUACUGAAACGUUGAUUAAACACAAUAUUUAUUCCAUUCUAAUGAGCCAUUUACUUUGUUUGUAAUGUUAUCUUUUAUUAUUUCUUAUUGUUGUUGCAUUGUGGAGAAUGAACCUGCAAGUACUCCCAUCCUCUUGCUCUUUUGCACCCCAGCAUCUCUACUUGCACAUCAUCAUCUGCACAUCUAUCAAUCACUCCAGUGUUAACGCUAAAUUGUAAUUAUUUGGCCUCCAUGGCCUAUUUAUUGCCUUACCUCCCUACUCUUCUACAUUUGCAUACACUGUACAUAGAUUUUUCUAUUGUGUUAUUGACUGUACCUUUGUUUAUGUAUAACUCUGUGUUGUUGUUUUUGUCACACUGCUUUGCUUUAUCUUGGCUAGG